AUGCCAGGCCCGCCCUUACGUCGAUUUUGCAGCAAAUUUAUUUAUUCCCCUCAUUCUGAUUUCGAUCAACUCUACUGGAAAGUUGCCAUGGACUCUCCCAGCUGUUCUACCUGUCUUUUGGAAGCUGCCAACACCACUGAUAUUAUCUAUGAGGACUUGGAGCUUCUCCACGAAGAGACCGGCUCCGACGAUGAGGAAAUUGAUGUAGUUGGUGGGAUUGAAGGGCCCGCGGUGGAGCCCAUUCACCUCGAGCUUGAAGCAGAGAGUGAUUUCGAGGACGAGGAAGAGUUCAACAACGUCCCACAUCAAGAAGCAGAUGAUUUCGAAGAGCUUGAAGAAAACGCUGACGACUUUUUCGAAGAAGAACCGACUUUCCAACCUAAUCAAGCUUCAGAAUCCUUCGAAUACAACGCGGACUCGGAUUCGGACAUCGAAUUCCGCCUUUCCGAGGGUGAUUCGUCCGAAGAUGAAGGCCACAUCAACUGGGAGAGGAUUCGAGACCUCAAGGAGAAGGCAAAAAUGGCACCGCGAAGAAAAAUCAAGUCCAGUAUUUCGAGGCCAAAGAAGACUGCGCUUCGUCGCCUCCGUUUCCGACGUCUUCAGGCGGCUAUGGAGCAAUUGAAGCGAGUCAUGACGCUUCGCGCCGUGAUCAGCAGAUCUCCAAAGAAGUCUACGUUUUAUUGA